AUGGCAUCGCCCCACGACGUUGGCGUGACGAUGGAGGGCGAGCGGAGCAAAGAAGAAGAAGAUAAAGAUGUAGAGAACAACGGAGAGAGAACAGAAGAAGGGACAGAGGAGCAGGACGUCAUAGAGCUAGACUCAGACGAGGAACACCACGAAGAAGAAGAACACAAACAGGAGGAGAGUGAGGACGAGGUGCAAUUCAUGGGCAACACAGAGGCAGCCAAUGAACACCAGGGAACUGGCAGCGAUGGAGAACAAAGCCACGAGGACGACGUUGUGUUCGUGGACAGCGAAGAGUCCUCCAACGGCCAGUCCGAGCGAUCAAGAGCUAACACGGACGCCGUCAUGGCAGCCCAAGGAUACGUGACGCCAGCCACAUUGGAAGCAGAGCUCCAGUGCAUCAUUUGCCAGUAUGCAAUGUUCAAGCCAGUGUCAGCGAUCUGCGGCCACUCGUUCUGCCGUGUGUGUCUAAUGGACUCGUUCUUGACGCGACCAAUUGAAGAAGCACAGUGUCCCAUCUGUCGCCUUGACAUCCUGCAGCCAUUCUCGACGCUAAAAACAAUGGUGUCGUUAUUUUCCGUCAAUGUGACGCUAUGGAAUCUCGUCCAACUCCUCAUCCCGUCAGUCGCCGAGCGAAUUUCUACGUACCAAGAGGAGGAAGAACAGGAAUUCAAACAAAAACUCAUUGAAUUGGACAGUAAGUGGACAUUAUUUAACCUCAGUGAGCAAGCAGCGAGAUACCACGGAGACCAGGACGAGGACGACGCGGAACCCGCCGCUCGAUGGGAAGAGGAUCAUGAAGGACACGACGAGUAUCCCGUGGUCAAAGUCGAGGACACUCGGGAUGGAAACUUGAGCGUGCUGCGGAAUAUUGUGCUGGACACGAACGACGAGAACGAGGACGGCUAUGUGAAUAUGCGUGUGGGCCUUGCUAUCGUGGAGUUCCCGAGCCUUUUUGAACUGUACAAUGAGCACCAGGAGUGCUCCGUGAACGUGAUCAAGAUGGAGGAGGACGAGGAAGCGGCGGACGGGAUGCCGUUCUUCAUGAACGAAGACGGAGACGACGACGGCUUCGUCUGCGGCUCGUACUACAACGAAAUCAGACUCCGCGUCUGUGAUGAAGCGAAUAACUGCGUGAUGGAGCGAACUCGUGGCGCUCGAGGAGGCGUGGUGAGCUUCCCAGGCUUACGUCUCGACGUUCCGGGUGGGAUGUAUACUUUCCGUUUUUCGGACGAUCUGUACGGACUGAAGCUCAGUAUUACUACGCGAUUGCGUGAGCCACACGAGGUUUCCGACACCCCUGUCGCUGACUAUGUGGGUCUCAUCAACGACGAAGCUAGAGACGCUAGUCGUCGUAAUCGGAGAAGAGAGCAUGGAAGUGACAACGAGGACGAUUACGACGAAGGGAAUGACUCGGAUGACUCGUUCAUUGUGGACGAUCUGAAUGUACGCACUGAGCAGCCAGUUGGUCGCUUCUCUGAUGACGAAGCGGAGGAUCAGUGGCAAUACCACAGCGACGACGAAGCAGCUGAUGAAGAGCGAGAGCAGCAACGCGUUGGACGGCAGCAAGCUGGUCGACGCACCGAACGUGACGUUCAAUUUGUCGACGAGCAUGACGAGGAAGAAGUUUCCGAACACGAGGAGCAUGAUGGGAGUGAAGAAGCGGAGGAGGAAGUGCGGCCAGGUCGUCGCAAUGCUCGCGUAGUCGAAGAAGCUGCGUUCUCUUCGGAUGGAGAAGCAGACGUGGAUGCUGCUGACGAAGAGAAAGACGAGGAGCAGCAUGGCACUCUGGAGGUGGCUAGACCUCGUCGGCGAAAUGCGAAUCAAAUCGUGGAUAGCGAGGAUGAAGACGAAGGUGACGAGGAGGAACCGGGAAAUAACGACGAAGACGAGCAUAAUGAACGUGGUAAUGAUAACGAGGACGCCAUUAAAGAGGAAGAAGUCGACGCAUUUCCUCGAAAUUCGAGCCGAAAGGUGAAGCGGGAGCAGUGGUUUGAGAGCGAAGAGUCCGAUGAAGAAGACACACGACGUCACUUAGACGCAGCUUUCUCUCCUUGUGAGAAUGUGACUCAAGAUAGACCUCGGAAACGCAGCAGACAGGUUCGAGUCGUCGACGAAGGCGAAAGUGAAGAAGAGGAAGAACAGAUGCAGCGUUCGAUCGUAGCAGCCAACUCAGGACAUGGCCAUGAUGAGGACGAAGGCGAUGCACACGUCCGGCGAGUGCAUCUUUACGACGAGGAGACGGACGAGCGUCACGACAAUGAAGAUGAUGUUCAAAAAGACGACGCUCCGGACUACCCAGACGAGGGCGAGGAGAACGAGUAUCAAGAAGAGCAAGAUGACUAUUACUAA